AUGACAAACCUUCAGCCGCCCAAGACAGUCAAAGAUAUCAGAAGCUUCCUAGGACAUGCUGGAUUCUACAGGAGGUUCAUUAAAGAUUUCUCGCAGAUAGCAAGGCCGCUAACACGCCUAUUAUGCAAGGAUAUUAACUUUGAGUUCACAGAGGAGUGUCACAAGGCUUUCACUAAGAUCAAAGAUGCAUUGGUCAGUGCGCCAGUGGUUCAACCUCCAAACUGGGAACUACCUUUUGAGAUAAUGUGUGAUGCAAGUGAUUAUGCAGUAGGAGCAGUGCUUGGACAAAGAAAAGACAAGAAGCUACAUGUGAUCUAUUAUGCCAGCAGAACACUUGAUGAGGCACAAUGCAAGUAUGCCACAACAGAAAAGGAGCUUCUUGCUAUUAAAGAUGCCAAGCCAAGAUUGUUGAGAUGGAUACUACUAUUGCAAGAAUUUGAUCUUGAGAUCAAGGAUAGAAGAGGAGCAGAUAAUGGAGUAGCUGAUCAUCUUUCAAGGAUGAGAGUUGAAGAAAAUCUACCCCUUGAUGAUAGGCUACCUGAAGAAUCAGUUUAUGCAGCUGAAGCUAGCAAUAAGCAUGGACAACUAGGCCAUCACAGGCCAGGAACAAAGAUCUCAUCAUCAAACACACCAUGGUUUCGCCACAUAGCAAACUUCCUUGCAGCUGAAUACCCACCACCAAACUUCUUUGGCUACAGAAAGAAGAAGUUUCUGCGUGAUGUAAGAAGGUACUACUGGGAUGAACCUUACUUAUACAAGAAAUGUUCAGAUGGAAUGUUUAGAAGAUGCAUACCAGAGGAAGAGGUAGAAGGAAUAUUGUUUGCUUGUCAUAGUUCUAGCUAUGCAGGCACUUUGCCACUUACAAGACAGUAUCCAAGGUCCUACAAGCUGGAUUUUGGUGGCCAACUAUGUUUAAGGAUGCUCAUGCAUUCAUAUCAAGAUGUGAUGCUUGCCAAAGAAUGGGAAAUAUAA